AUGCAAGCCGCGGCGGGCGGGGCAGGGGGCGCAGGUGCGUUGAGCAGGAGGAAAAGCGGUGGUGCGUGGGCGGAUGUUAAUCCACGGGCCUCAGGAGGGUCGCGAGGCGAGCGGGAAGCGGAAGGGGCUAGAGAUGGGGAGAAGGGAAGAGGGAGAGUGGGUGGGACAAGAAGAGAUGUGCAAGGGGUGGGUGGUGGUGGUGACUUAGACGCUACAUUGGAAUGGACGUUUGAGCAAGACCCGGGUGAUGCAGAGGAGGGCUGGGGGCGAGGUGACAGCAGAGGGGACGCGGAGGAAGAGGAAGAGGAGGAAGAGGAAGAGGAGGAAGGGGAGGAAGAGGAAGAGGAGGAAGAGGAGGAGGAAGGGGAGGGCGAAGAAGAGGAGGAAGAGGAAGAGGAGGAAGAGGAAGAUGAGGAGGAGGAGGAGGAGGAGGAGGAGGAGGAGGAGGAGGAGGAGGAGGAGGAGGAGGAGGAGGAGGAGGAGGAGGAGGAGGAGGAGGAGGAGGAGAGAGCACGGUAUGGAAACGGACUGUCAGAUGCGAGGCUGCAAGGCGACCGCGUGGCAAUGCAGGCAUUCUCAGGACCAAUACCACCCGUGGGCGGAGGAAAUGAGAUGCCUCUCAGCCCCCCCUCACGCCCCGCCUCCAGAAUCCCUCACACGUUUCCUGCAGCAGCGGGAGCAGCAGGAGGGUUGGGGCUGGGUGCAGGGACAGGCAUGAGUGGCAUGAGUAGCUUGAGUGGCAUGAGUGGUAUUCGCCCUUCGGCCUUGAGUGUACGCCUGCCUGCGAGAAUGGCAGCAGAGGUGGCGCGCAGUGACAAUGGCAGCGACUGCAGGGAGAGUGAGGGCGAGAGCGACGGGUGCGGCAGCGACGCUUGCAGCAACAGGCUGGCAGAUGUGAUGAGUAACCGGUUUAGUGAGGAUCUGAGUGGGCGGUUGAGUGGCGGGGAGAGCAGUGGGAGCUACAGGGAGGAGCCGUGGAAGGGUGUGGAUUGUUGGAGUGACCGGGAGGAUGGGGUUGAGAGGGAUCGGGAUGGGCGAAAGGAGGGUGGGGUGUGGAGUACGGAGGAGGAAGUGAGGAGGAAAGCGCAGAUGGAUAGAGAGACACGUUCUGAUGUUGAUACAGAGGAUGAGCAGGGGGGUGAGGGGAAGGAUGCGGAGGAAAGGGAGGAGGACGAGGAGGAGAGGGUGGGGAGGGGUGCAGAGGGUUAUAAGCCGAGAGGGAGGUUGAGGGGUGAGGAGAGAGGCGGACGGGGGCAGCAGAGGCAGAGAGGGGGAGACACGCGACGGGAGGAAAGGUGGGAGGAAACCGCACAAGUAUUGCAGUCAGACGGAGAAGCGGAGGAGGAGGGUUGGGGUGAUGAUGAACACAAGACGCAUGGAAGGCACAGGGAUCAAGGGAGACAGAGGGAUGAGGAGCCUCGGAUGGCGACAGGACGGGAGCAGAGGCAGCAGAAUUACCAAUCAGAUGGGGAGAGGCAGAGGGGCGGGGAGCGGCAGAGGAGGGAGGGGAGGCGAGGUAAGGAGGAGAGACGAAGCGGUGAGACGAGGAGUGGCGAGGUGCUUGGGUCUGUGAAUUCCUCCGCGCUCCUCCCCCCGAUGGUGGCCCAGGCAGGCAGGUCAGUCUCACAGACGAGCAGAGGAGGGAGGGAGGGGGACGGCGGGAGGGCGAGCAGCAGAGGGGCACUGAACGGAGUGCUGCAGCUGCUGCCGACAGGAGCAAGCAAGGGGCGAGAAGACAACCGAGCUGAUGCUUACCCCGCUGCCGCCACCCCCGCUGCUGCAAGUAGUGGUGGCAGCGGCAGCGCGGCAGCAGGCGGGGCAGGAGGAGCAGGAUCGGGGCUUCGGUCGCCGGGACGGUGGUUUGGGAGUCAGGAGGCGAAGCCGCGGGCUAGCAGCAUGCGCGCUGCAGGCGCGGAACGAGUUACGGAUGAGCCUCGCAAGGGCGGUAAGAGCCUGGACUUGCGGCGGCUUAGACUGUCGCUGUUUGAGGAGGAGGCGGGGAAGGGGGAGAAGGGGGAGAAGGGCGGCAGUGGGGCGGGCAGAGGGGGGAAAGGGGGAGAGAGUGAGGAGGAAGCGGAGGAUGGGAGGGAUGGGAGGGGGAGGAGAGGGGGGGAUGGAGGGCGUGGAAGUGGGGAGGAGGAGGGGAGGGGGGAGGGAGAGGAGGAGGCGGGAAGGAGGCAAGGGCGAGGGGGGCGAGGGAAGGGGGUGGGUGGAGGGGGGGAAGGCGGGGUAGGAGGAGGGGGGAGGCGAGGGCUGCUUGAUGUGUUGAAAGGGCAGCACAAGUCUCCCCGGCGGUCGUCACACCAGGCAGAGGAGAAAGGCUUUGGCUCUGGUUUGCCUGCCACCGCCACGGGUGCUGCUGCUGCUGCUAGUGGUGGUGGUGGGGCCAGCAGCAGUCACAGUGGUGGGUGGUGGGAUUCGUCUCGCAGGCAAUCCGCAUCCACCCCGCGCUCCUCCACAACCACUCCGCGCUCCUCCACCACUCCCCACUCCUCCGGACCCUCCCAAACCACCACACCACGCCCCCCCUCCGCGAUCACUCCCACCUCCUCCUCGUCCUCCUCCCCCACUGCGGAUGCUGUUCCCGUGGGGGGAGGGGGACACGGAGGCGGAGGGGGAGGCGGGGGAGCGGGGGGAGGGGGACCGGGAGGGGGUCUCUCAGGGGGAGGCAGCGGAGGGCUGGGGGGAGCGGGGAGAGACGCAGGUGCUGCGUGCUGGAGCCCCAGAGACUCCUCCUCUGCUGUUCCCUCUUCCACUUCUGCUUCCACCACCACCUCUUCUGCCUCUGUGCCCCCGCUCAUCCUCCCCACACCUGACAAGUCCCGUGGCUGGACCAGAGCGGCAUGGGUGAGGGCGUCUAAGAGUGUGGCAGGCGGAGGGGCGUCCCCCACUGGUGGUGCGUCUGCUGGUGCGGGCUCAGCUGGGGGAGGGGUUUCUGGGGGAGGUGCAGGGGUGGGAAUGGGUGCGGGUGGUUCUGGUGGGGCAGGUGGCCUGGGGGACGGUGGGAGUGGGAGCAGAAGCGGUGGUUUUUCGUCGAAGAGUGUGCGGGUGGAUGGGGGCAGGGAGAGGGAGAGAGAGCGGGAGCGGGAGAGGGAGAGGGAGAGGGAGAGGGAAGAGGAGGGAGACAGGGAGAGGGAGGAGGGGGAGGGCAGAGAGAGCGGGAGGGAGAAGGAAAAGAGCAGGGAGGAGGAAUCCAGAAGCAGGUCUCCCUUGCGUUCCCCCCGCGCCGCUAAAAGCCCUUCCGUGCGAACAGCCAUCAGCUUUUUCAGCGGGCGGUUUGAUAAGUGGGGUGGGGGGGGAGGGUCAGGCGCAGGGGGGUGUGGUGGGGGAGGCGGGAAAGGCGGUGAGGGGAAUGAGGGGAUUCGGAGGGGUCACACAGCCACAGGCAGCAUUAUCAGUGCCAUGGGGAUGCUGGCUGGAGCAGGAGGGGGGGGGCACGCAGAUGGGGGUGAGAGGGCAGGGGAGAGAGGUGCGCGGAGUGGGGAACGAGCAGGAGAACGAGGCGGGGAGAGAGGAGGUGAGAAGGGUGGAGAGAGAGGGGGAACGGGGGCAAGCGGAGGAGGUGGGCCGGAGGGAAAAGAGGGCGGAGGGAGCGGGAGCGGGAGCAGCAGCAGCGGCAACCAGUCGCAGGGGGGCGCACCAGCAGGGGUGAGCAGGCUGUGGGGGGUAGCAGCAGGUGCAGCGUCUUUCCACUCACGCAUGGUCAGCUUCAGCGGGGUUCUCCUGAAGGACGAGGACCAGGGCAUGCUGGGCCGCGGCGUGGGGGAUAUACGGAAGAAGUAUGAAGUGGGGGAGAAGGUGGGGGAGGGGCGCAGCGGCGUGGUGGUGCGCGCGUGCGUGGAGCGCAAGAGCCGGGCGCGGUUCGCGUGCAAGUCGAUCGCGAAGACGACGCUGGGGGAUGCGAAGAAGGUGGAGGCGCUGCGAGUGGAGGUGGCUGUGAUGGAGGCGGUGGGGUCGCAUGCUAAUAUUGUGGCGCUGCAUGACACUGUGGAGGAUGCUCAGGACGUGCAUCUGAUAAUGGAGCUGUGCGAAGGAGGCGAUCUGCUAUCGCACGUCAACAUGGCCCCGCACAUCUCAGAGCGCCACGCGGCGGCCAUCUGCCGGCGCAUCGCGGACGCCGUGCGCUUCUGCCACCGCCGGGGCAUCUGCCACCGCGACCUCAAGCCCGAGAACGUGCUGCUCGCCACCAAGGGGGCUGCCGGGGCUGAUCUGCGCGUUGCUGAUUUUGGCAUCUCCACCUUCAUUGAGCCAGGCCAGCGCAUCCGCGGGUACGCAGGCAGCCCGUUCUACAUCGCGCCAGAGGUGCUCAACGGGCGGUAUGGCUUUGAAGUGGACGUGUGGAGCCUGGGCGUCAUCCUCUACACGCUCCUCUCGCAGCGCCUGCCCUUCUGGCACAGCACGGACAUUGGCGUGUACAGAGCGAUCCUGAAGGGGCAUGUGGAUACGCACACGGGCGCGUGGCUGCAUGUGAGCAAGGACGCUGUGCAUCUCGUGCGCCGCAUGCUGUGCCAAGACCCUGCAGAGAGAAUCACCCUCGACCAGCUGCUAGAGCAUCCGUGGAUUCUCAAGCACGACCGUGACACCUCGCCUCUACCGCAGCCCCUACCAGAGCUGCCCAACUGGAAGCUCAGCAAGCGGCGCCGUGCCAUCGCUCGCUCCACAGCCAUCGUCGUGCCGUCCUUCCGCCUGCCCUUCUGCAUCACUCCCCCGGACGGCGCUGUUUCCAGUGAGACGGAGCCGGACACAGAGACAGAGAGCGAGCCGGAGAGAGUUGCCGGUGGUUACAUCCUUGGUUACACUUCCACUGGUGCUGCUGCUGCUGCUGGUGGUGCUGGUGGUGCUGGUGGUAGCAGUAAAGGUGGUGUUGCUAGUAGCAAGUCAGUCACCGGCACUGCUGUUGCCUCUGGGAUGGCAAUCGGGAGACGAGGCGGUGGGAGUGGUCCCCUGCUCCCCACCACCACCUCCUCCUCCUCCUCUCUCUCGUCUCGCAAUGUCCCACUCACCUCUCUCAUCACGCCGCUCUCUCCGUCUCAAGCCUCCCCAUCAUCAGCAGUGCUCAUCCCACCCUCCCUCUCAGCUCUCUCCACCAGCUCCAAUCGCCGAACCUUGCCACGAUACCGCACAGCAACUGACAAGUACUAA